AUGGAUUCCUUUGAGCAUCUCAGACCAGAAGAUAACCAGUCAGUAGUGAGCAGAAUGCAGAAGAAAUACUGGAAAACUAAACAGGUCUUUAUCAAAGCAACAGGAAAAAAGGAGGAUGAGCAUGUGGUUGCAUCUGAUGCAGAGCUGGAUGCUAAACUUGAGGUUUUUCACUCCAUCCAGGAGACAUGCAAUGAACUCGUGAAAAUAGUUGAGAAAUACCAGCUAAGACUCAAUGUUAUAUCAGAGGAAGAAAAUGAACUAGGGCUCUUUUUAAAGUUUCAAGCGGAGCGGGAUGCAACUCAAGCUGGCAAAAUGAUGGAUGCCGCCGGCAAGGUCCUCUGUUCUUCAGCCAAGCAAAGAUUGGCCCUGUGUACUCCCCUGUCUCGUCUUAAGCAAGAAGUGGCAACGUUCAGUCAGAGGGCCAUUUCUGAUACCUUGGUGACCAUUAAUCGCAUGGAGCGGGCACGCACAGAGUACAGAGGAGCGCUGCUGUGGAUGAAAGAUGCAUCGCAGGAACUCGACCCAGAUACCUUCAAACAAAUGGAAAAGUUUAGAAAAGUACAGAUCCAAGUGAGAAACAGCAAAGACUCUUUUGACAAAUUAAAGAUGGACGUCUGUCAGAAAGUGGACUUGCUGGGAGCUAGUCGCUGCAAUAUGUUAUCCCACUCACUCACCAUCUACCAGAGAACAUUGCUUGGGUUCUGGGAGAAAACAGCUCAGACGAUGUCUCAAAUCCAAGAGGCCUAUGCUGGCUUUCAUCCGUACGACUUCAUGACUCUCAAGAGACUCCAAGACACUCCAGGCAAUCUCACUGCAGACUACAAAGAAGAACAAGCAGAGGGCAGCUGUCUUACUACAAAUCUCAAUAAGGUAGCUUUGUCUGAAGAGGAAGAGAGAUCUGAGAGAGAACCAGCAGUUGCAAGAGCUCUGCCUAGAGACUCACUAGAAGAUGACUUUGAGAAGGAAUUCUCAUUUCUGAACAGCCUCCUAAGCCCCACGUCUUCAAGUGCUGGUGAAUUUACACAGGAACACCAGCCUGCCUGUGGGAGCCCCAGCAUUGGCCUCACAUCCCAGGAGCCUUCAGCAGGACCUGGGCCUCUCACUUCCUCUUCCCAGUUCCUUCCUUCACAGCUCUUCGACCUUGGCCUUCAUGUUGAUGGAGCUUUCAACAGCUGGGCUUCCCAAGAGGGAUCAGAACACUCAGAUACCUUGCCAGUACCUUCACAGUACUCAAAGAAAUUAAAAUACUUGGGUCCGCUCUCAAACCCAGAUGCCAUUGGACACUCAGAUGAUGAGCUUCUGAAUGCCUGACUGAUAUCAUGGUGACUGAUGUCACAGGUUCAGGGGUCUUGAGGCAACAACUGUGCAACAUUUGCCUUUCUGAAGAGAAGUUCCCAC